ACUAACACCGAUGUUUUCGUCUACGUUGACGCACUCUAAACAAUCUCUCAGUCCCUAAUCAAUGGAACCUAAUCCUUCUCUUCUGCACCUUCGAAAAUUUCACAAUGGAGGAGGAGAAGGUUGGUUCUACGUAAACGACAAAAAAUCAACGAUCACAGAUCCAUCUCCACCAACAGUUUCAUCACAGCCGUUCAACCGCUCUUCGUCUAUGGGUGGUCAAAUCCCCCCUUUCACUUGCUAUAUUAGCUACACCGUAACAUUUCUUCUUCUUCUUUAAGGACUCUGAGGUCCGACAACGUACCGGCGAGGACAGAAUCGGAAAGUUGGUUUUAUUUCUGUGAUUAAUGGGAUUUCCUAGAAGGGAAACGAUUCAGUCCGAGUCGACUCGUUUCUGAAAAAGGGAACUGAAAAAGGGUGAAAAAAAAAAAAAGUCUUUUUGGCUGGAAACCAAAAAAAAGCUUUGGCUUUUGCCAGCGCGCGAGUCGUUAUUAGUCGGAGUCCUCGUUCUUUAGCCACGGCGGCGAUGAGGGGGAGCUUGUUUUUUAACCGUAGGAUGGUACUGAGGUGUCGACAAAUCGCGAUCUCGACCGUUGGAUCAAUGAAGAUCAAGAUUCUCCUCAGCUGUUGCAUCGGCUUCACGCUCUUCGCGCUCGCUAGCCGUGCUUCGGAUUACAUGGGUUGGACCAAUCCCAAUGCUUCUGUCAGUCGGCUUGAUGAUCCACGGAAAGGAUAUGCUAUUGUAAUGAAUACAUGGAAGAGAUAUGAUCUUUUGAAGCAGUCGAUUUCUCACUAUACUACAUGUGACCGGCUCAACUCGAUACACAUUGUGUGGAGUGAGCCUAAUCCUCCAUCAGAUGAUCUUAAAAAGUUUUUUGAUAACCUUAUACAGUCCAAAGCAAGGAAUGGGCGACAACUUGAGUUGAAGUUUGAAAUCAAUACAGAAGACAGCUUGAACAACAGAUUUAAAGAAAUUAAGGAUUUGAAAACGGAUGCCAUUUUUUCUAUUGAUGAUGACAUUAUAUUUCCAUGCAAUUCAGUAGAAUUUGCUUUUAAGGUUUGGCAAAGUGCACCAGACACAAUGGUUGGAUUUGUACCCCGUGUUCAUUGGGUUGAUAAAACGAAAGGCACUUUGGAUAGCUACGAAUAUGGUGGAUGGUGGUCUGUAUGGUGGACAGGCACUUACAGUAUGAUCCUUUCCAAGGCAGCCUUCUUCCAUAAGAAGUAUCUAAGUCUUUAUACUGAAAAAAUGCCGGCUUCAAUAAAAGAAUAUAUUACCAAGAAUAGGAACUGUGAAGAUAUUGCGAUGUCAUUUCUUGUAGCAAAUGCUACUGGUGCUCCUCCUAUCUGGGUGAAAGGUAAAAUAUUUGAGAUUGGUUCAACGGGAAUCAGUAGCUUGGGAGGUCAUAUUGACAAAAGAACCCAGUGCGUUAAUAGAUUUGUUGCGGAGUUUGGGCGAAUGCCUUUGCAAUCUACAAAUAUGAAGGCUGUCGAUAGCCGGAAAACCUGGUUUUGGUGAUUGAGCAUGAUCUUUCAUUUCGAUUGCUAAAUUUAUAACAAUUUCCACUCUUCUGGUGAGAUAGAGUUGUUAUGGAUUAUGAUUUUCUUUGCCAUGUGGUUGUAUAAUAUUGCAUUCUACAUCAAUUUUUGUGUUCGUUGAUAUAGAAGCUAAUUUAGCACAUCUUAGGGAUUUUGUAUUCUUACCGUGUAACAAAAGGCAAUUGCUAUAUGAAAUUAGUUUAUUCUA